UAAUUCAAAUUCUAUACAACCUUGUUUUUCAAAUGGACAAUCAGCAAACAGUAAUGGUUGAUGUCAGUGGCGGAGACAGGAUUUUCACCUAAAAGAUUCAAAAAUAUGAAAACGUAAAUACGCGAACAAGUCAAGGGUGGUCAAAAAAUAAUUUUAAUCUUGUAUAUACACUGUAAUUUUCACCGAGGGGGUUCGGAUCUGGUGCCUACCUAGCUCCGCCCCUGGCUGAUGCUUUGUUGGUCACUACAGCAAAGACUCACCAUGAUCAUGUCAGAUUUAUGAAGCUUCACGUGUAAACACUUCCAAUAUCAUCUCUCUUUCCAUUUCUUUAUUUCAUGAUAAGGGACUUUCACAUUGCAAAGAGAGAGGAAGAUAUUGGUUCCUAUGCAGGUUAUGUAGGUUCUGCAUUUAUGCUUGGAAGAGCUUUGACAUCUGUCUUUUGGGGAACAGUGGCUGAUAAAUAUGGCCGAAAACCAGUUAUAAUUUUGGGCAAUUUCGUAGUGGUUGUUUUCAAUACUCUUUUUGGUCUUAGUAUCAACUUUUGGAUGGCGGUCAUAACAAGAUUUCUUCUUGGUAGUUUAAAUGGUGUGCUUGGACCAAUAAAGGCAUAUGCUGGCGAAAUUUUUCGUGAAGAACAUCAGGCACUGGGAAUGUCAACGAUUACUACUGCAUGGGGCAUCGGAUUGAUUAUUGGCCCAGCUUUAGGAGGCUUCCUUGCUCAGCCUGCAGAGAAAUAUCCAACCGUAUUCUCAAAGGAUUCUAUAUUUGGGAGAUUUCCCUACUUCUUGCCUUGCCUAUGCAUAUCACUGUUUUCCUUGGUCGUGGCUAUUGGUUCAUUUUGGCUGCCGGAAACAUUACAUAACCAUGAUUCAGAAAUGCCGCCUCAAGAUUCUUACAAUGCUCUGGAAGCUGAAUCAGAUACAAAAGAAGGAAGUGAAUCACCCUCAAAAGAAAACCUUUUUAAGAACUGGCCAUUGAUGUCAUCUAUCAUAAUAUACAGUAUCAUCGCUCUUCAUGCUAUGGCUUACUCAGAGAUUUUCUCAUUAUGGGCUGUGAGCCCCAGGAAGUUUGGGGGCUUAAGUUAUUCAACUGCUGAUGUUGGUGAAGUACUAUCAAUCUCAGGGUUUGGCCUUCUAGUCUUUCAACUUACUUUGUAUCCAUGGAUUGCGAAGUAUAUUGGCCCUAUCCUCAUUGCUCGGGUUGCAGGAGUUUUGUCAAUUCUCUUGCUGACGAGUUACCCUUAUAUCGCUAUGCUGUCUGGGAUAACCCUCUCCGUGGUGAUGAAUUUCGCAUCCAUGAUGAAGAAUGCUUUGUGUAUCUCUAUCAUAACGGGGAUGUCCAUAUUACAAAAUAACGCGGUGGACCAGCGACAACGGGGAGCUGCUAAUGGAAUUGCCAUGACAGGAAUGUCAUUUUUUAAAGCUCUUGGCCCAGCAGGGGGAGGAGCACUCUUUUCUUGGGCACAAAAAAGGCUUGAUGCUUCCAUUCUUCCAGGUGAUCAAGUGGUUUUCUUUGUGCUGAAUGUGAUUAUGGCAAUUGGUGUGUUGUUGACAUUCAAACCAUUCCUAGUUGAAAAACAAAAUACUUAAAUUAGAGGAGAGCUUAUGUAUUUUUAUUAUGAUUAUUUUUAGUAUCCUAUUUUACGAGUCACGGCAAUUAGGAUUGAACUCCCACUGCUACCUGUGUGUACCACAGGACUUCAUACCCCGUCUUAAAGAAGUGGGUAUGCAAGUCAAUUAAUGCAACAUGGACGACGGGGACAUGACUUUCGCUCAUUUUAAAUCAGUCUAUCUACUUAGCAGUUUACUUUUAGAGGUUAUUCCUUUUCACGCAAUGUCAACUCUUUUUCUACUGGUGCUGCAAUUUGUACUUGUUGGAGCUGUUGUACAUAAAUUGCUAUUGUUUGCUUUAGCAUAUUUAAUUCAUUGAAGG